AAGCGAGCCAAGCCCUAGAAUAUGUUCAGGCGGCUGAUUCACACAGCAACGGCGACUAGGAGUAGGAGCGGCAUCCACACAGCAAUCGCGAGUAGGAGUAGGAGCGGCAGCGAAGGGAGGAAUGUCUCUCAGGUGAGCAAACCACCCACCCAGGAAGCCUACAAAGAGUUUGGAGAGUUUCUGUGGAUGGUGAUGCUCCGCCUAGACAACCGUGUCCUCGGCCAAGCCUUUAAGGUGCUGGGCAACUCUGAUCUUACCACCAGAUGCCUCCAGGGGUAUCUCCUGCAUCACAGGCUCAAGUACACCGAAAUUGUGGGCGGCCAAUUCCCCCGUCUUGAAAAACCACUCGGGUUUGACGACAUAGGCGACUACCCCGUCCCAUAUACACACAUGAUCAAGCUCGUGGACGACGUCUGGGAGGAUGCAAAGCGGGACUCGCGUGGAGAGCCCCCCCUACAUUACUGCACACGUGAAGAAACACGCCUCGUCCACGACUUUUGCCGGAGUCUUGCCUGCCGAGCCGAGAAGGAAGUCUUCUCCGGGGAGCCAAACGUGCACGAGUUGCAGGAGCAGGCGCGUCUGUUUGGCGCUGAGUGCUGGACCAGGUUCUUAGGUCUGCAGUCCAGCAACCUCACCAUUCUGAUCGAGGAGCAAUCUAGCUCAUAUGCUACACCAGUCGUUCCAUGCACUGAUUUCUUCUCCAACGCUUCCUUGACGAAGUGUGCCAGGAGCAUCAAGUUGGCGCAGGAGGUGGCUGAUGCCGGGGGGCUGCCGCAGUUCCCUGAUCACGGCGGUCUAGUUGCUCUCUACAACUUUGAGAAGAAACAUGCUUACCAGCUGCUGCUAAACUGCCUCAAGCACAUUGAUAAAGGAUAUGACGAGCGCAAUCUAUUGUGGUCGUCCUUCGAGAACCAGCAGUUCUACACUGUCGAUGUGCAAGUGCCGGGUCUCUCGUCGCUGGAUCAAGUGCAUGUUGAAAAACAUGGACGGGGUGUACUUGUUUCCACGGAGAUGGACGUUUACCGCCCCGAGAAGCUUGCUGUUCCUCCUUACGCCAACGUCGACGGUUUAAUAGCUAAUCUGCAGGAUGAGAUUCUCACCAUUCGCCUUCCCAGGGUGGCCGCUGCGCUCGAAGGGACAACCUCGACAGUGCCAAUUGAGGACCGUGACGAGGCCGAGCUGGACACGACCACGAGCAAACGUCUCCAGGCAGCUAUUGUAGAUGACAAGCUUCACCACAUUCUUCGUGUCGAAGUUCCAGGCGUGUCGCGAGAGGAAGUGAUUGUGGACAAUACAGGGCCGGAACUCGUCGUUAAGACCACUGCCAACGUCUUCCAGCAAACAAAGUUUAAGCUUCCCUCCAGUGCUGACGUGAAGCAGGCGAGAGCGUCUUUCUGGAACGGCUUGCUUACCAUUCGCGUUCCCAAGAGUGCAACGGACACUCGCGAGCUGGACGCGAGUAUAUUGUGUUUUUUGUUUUUACCUCUACUAAUUUCAUUUCGUUCUUUGCUGCAGCCACGAGCAAACGUCUCAAAGCAGCUAUUGCAAGCAUCACCACAUUCCUCGUGUCGAAGUUCCAGGCUUGUCGCAAGAGGCUUGUCGCGAGAGGAAGUGAUUGUGGCACAGAACGUCUUCCAGCAAAGGAAGUUUAAGUUGACCGUCUCUCCGGCUGGCUUACCAUUUGCAGUAGGAACAAGUUUGUUAUGUAUUACAACUUCACAAGAAAGCAACCAUAUCCAUGUUUAGCCAUCUUGAGAUUUAUUUUUAUAAAGGUUUAGUUCCAAUGAA